AUGGCCUACAUACAUUAUAAAAUCCCUUCUACCCUGUCUGUUUACAUUUUAUAUGGUCUAAUGUUAUUUUCUUGGUAUCAUUUAUAA